AUGGAUAUCUGUCAUCUGAGGACCUGCAUGCAGAGGCGCUUCAGGCGAGCCAAGGGGCGCAAGAAAAGCAACAACUUAGCGGAGAAAGAGGCAUGGUUCCGUGACUUGGUGUGGCACCACUACGAGAUGUACAAAGGGUGCCAGCUCAAUAAUGCAGCGGAUGCAUUGAAAGUCGAUGGCGACUUGCCCAAAGACGAGGUUUUCUCCAAGUGUCUUGGGUUCUGCAUGGAAAACUUGCGGCAAGUCGACCUGAAGCCCGCGCCGCCGAAAUUCCCGCCACCAAAGGUCAUCCAGCCAAAAGUCAUCCUGCUGCCAAAGCGUCUGCAAGCUUCGGAGGAGCCCAGGAAGGCUAACUUGGUUCCAAAUAUUCCGAAGGCAAUGCCAAGGCGGCCUGACAAGCCGCCCUUGCCCAAAGCAAUGCCUAAGAGACCGGAAAAUCCGCCUCAGCCAAAGGGGAUGCUGAAACGACCGGAGAAGUCGCCUCAGCCCAAGGCGACGCUGAAAAGACCGGAGAAGCCGCUGGUGCCAAAGGCGAUGCCGAAGCGCACCGAAAAGCCCGUGCUGCCCAAAGCGAUGCCGAGAAAGCCCGAGAAUCCGGUUAUGCCAAAGGCGAUGCCCAAGAAGCGACCGCUUCGGGCGCUGGAGGAGGAGAUUGCUAACACACCGCUGCCAAGGCCAUUGCCAAAGAAGCGCCCACGACCAAGGGGUGAGUAUGGCGACUAG